AUGGACUCGGCAUCUCCCGAACCACAAGCCAACGCUCCUCUGGCAGGAUCACCAUCAGACUUCCUGAAAAACAUCGUAGGGAAGAAGGUCAAGGUCAGAAUAGGAAGCGGGGUCGACUAUCAUGGCCAAUUGACCUGCCUCGAUGGGUAUAUGAACGUCGCGCUCGAGGACGCCGAGGAAUGGGCGAACGGACGGGUGACGGCCAGGUAUGGGGACUGCUUCGUUCGUGGUAACAACGGUGAGUAUGUCUGCGUCCUUGAGCAGGGACUGCGUCUCGCUUUCUCCCUCUCGCAGAGCGUCAUCCGAUCCCGAAGGCUGGGUUGGGGCUGA